UUUUUUCUUAAUUAUAUUAAUGUUUAAAGGAAGUUUAUCUGCUUUAGCAAAUGAUGGAAAUAUUCCAAAGAUUUGUCCAACAGCUGUGAUUGUUGGAUCAGUUUUCGAACAUUUGACUUCGUAUUUAGUUUAUGGGCCUUUUUUAGGUCGAACAUGGCAACGUGCAAUGAUUUUGGAUAAAAAUACAGAGUUUUGGGCUUCUAAAAAGACAGUAUCGGCAGGUCUUAUGUAUGGUGUAUCUUUUAUAAGUUCUGGUAUUCAGGUAUAUGCAAUGGCAGCUUUGCUGAAAUUAACGGGAAGCUUUAAAUAUAAAAGUGCAUUUUACUUAAGCACUCUUGUUUUUGCUGCAACUACUUUACCAAAUAUAGUUUCUGGUUAUUUCGUUGAAAAACGACCUAAAGAAUAUGUGUUGGUUAAAUUUGUUUCGGGCUUGGCACAAACAGUUGGGCUUAACUUUGUUCUUGCAAGUUAUCAUCUUCGUUGUAAAAAUUAA